AUGUAUACGCGCCGGUUCAGCGGCGUAUCCGGAUCCACCCAAAUACCGACGCCCGAUUUCGUCGGGUGGGUUGUUACGUUGGAAGCGCCAUCGACGCUACUACUGAUGGACGCAGCGAGCAUAAAGGACACGGUCCAUGCGCAUUUGAUUGGAUUCCAAGGAGGCAUUGGAGAGACGAUGAUGCCGUUGCAAGGGAACUGGCUGCAGUGUGGCUUGAUGAGUAGCGAGUUGCUAGAUUUUUCGUCCGGUGGACAGGGUGCCCGGAGCAAAUCUGAACCGAUUUAG